AUGAGCUUCAAUGCAAAGAACCUUAGCUACGCAUCGAAUGAGCCAGCAUUCCUUCGCAAGCUCAGGGGCGACUAUGGUGACCGUGACUCAUCUCGCCACGAGCGGCCAUUAGCCAGGCCAAGAAAGCAGGUACAGGAAGGAGAGGACAACGAUCAGCCUACCUACGUUGUGGAGGACAGCCAGGACACUUUGUCGAAAGCCGAGUAUGAAGCCUUGGUAGCCGCUGACACCGCCGACAAGGACGAGAAUAAUGUGCUUUUAUCUGCAAAAGCCGGCCAUGUUAUUGAGGAAGCUGAACCUAGAAAAGAUGAGGUCGCUGGAGAAGCGGCUCCUGUGAAGCAGGCAGUCGCAGGUAUUGGAGGUUCAACUAAGCGGAGGCUGGCGAAGGUUGUUGGCGAUGAAGGAGAAGACAAAGCAGCCUCCGAAGACUGUGUUUCCGGAAGGAACAGUAAAACAUCUAGAGUUAAGAAAGGGAAGAAGAUGAAGUUGUCAUUUGAUGAUGAAGGUACAGAGCCUUAA